AUGUCAUUUCCUUCUCGAGCUAAGAUUCAUCCAUUAGAGCAGGAACAUUUAAAGUUUAUGAAGCAAGUGAAGGAUAUUCCUAUAAACACUCCUUUUAUUGAAUCAUUGUCCCAAGUUCCUAAAUAUGCUAAGUUUUUGCAAGACUUAGGCGAUACGCGCCAACAACUAGAGAAGAAUUCCAAGGUGAUUCUUAGUGAGCAAAGUUCUAAAGUGAUAUUGGGAGAAUUACCAAAGAAAAUGGGAGAUCCUGGAUGCCUCAUUCUCCCGUGUGAAUUUGGAAAUAAAAUGAAGACUUAUGCUUUAGCUGAUUUUGGAGCAAGCAUAAAUUUAAUGCCUUAUUCGUUCUGUCAAAAGCUAAAUCUUCCAAAGUUAAAGGUUACUAGAAUGACGAUUCACAUGGAUAAUAAUUCAAUGGCUCAUCCUCGAGGCAUAGUUGUGGAUAUAUUGGUCAAAAUUGGGAAAUUUGUUUUUUCCAAUUGA